GACAGACAACACAAGAAAAACAACAUCGGUGUCUCCUCAAACUGGAUUGCCAAAAUCGCUGCUUCGGAGCUGCCUAAGAUCGUUCGCUGUUUUUCGUCUCCUUCUAUCAUCUUCCCUUCUCCUUCACUGUCUCUCAUGUCUCUCUGCGUUGCAUUCACUUCUUCAUUCUCAUUCUUCUCCACCAUAUAAUACAUACAUAUUCCCCUUUUCCUGUGAAGAUUUGUUGUACUACUUUGCUCCCUGUUGUUGUAAAUGGCCAAUGCAUCUGGUUUGUUCACUCCUUCAGUUCCCAAGCUCAAACUGAGGGUCCGUCCUCUCACUGGCAUUCAUCGAUUUGAAGGAUUUUCCGCCAAAGUUUUUUGCCUUGGUACUAACGAAGGAGCUGACAAGCAUGCUUCCACUGUUUCUCCUUCCCAAUCUCGUAUGCCCAGGCUUGUCAGUAAAGGAUGUAAGUUAGUUGGAUGUGGUUCUGCUGUGCCAACUCGUCAGAUUUCUAAUGAUGAACUUUCAAAAAUUGUUGAUACUAAUGAUGAAUGGAUAUCUGUUCGCACUGGAAUUCGUAAUAGACGAGUUCUUACAGGCGGAGAUAACUUGACGUCUUUAGCGGCAGAGGCAGCUAAGAAAGCUCUUGAGAUGGCAAAGGUUGAUCCUGAUGACCUUGACCUAAUAUUGAUGUGCACAUCAACACCUGAGGAUCUUUUUGGUAGUGCGCCUCAGAUUCAAAAACAACUUGGCUGCAAAACAAAUCCAUUGUCAUAUGACAUUACUGCUGCAUGUAGCGGAUUCGUGUUGGGUUUAAUAUCAGCUGCUUGUCACAUUAGGGGGGGUGGAUUUAAGAAUGUCCUUGUUAUUGGGGCUGAUGCUCUUUCGCGGUAUGUUGAUUGGACCGACAGAGGAACCUGUAUUCUUUUUGGAGAUGCUGCUGGUGCUGUAGUAGUACAGGCCUGCAACAGUGAGGAAGAUGGUUUAUUUGGUUUUGAUUUGCAUAGUAAUGGUGAUGGUCAAAGGCAUUUAAAUGCCGCUAUAAGAGAAAAAGAGACAAAUAGUGCAGUGGAUUCAAAUGGUUCUGUGCCUGGCUUUCCUCCCAAGCAGUCCUCAUAUUCAUGCAUUCAAAUGAAUGGCAAAGAAGUCUUUCGCUUCGCUGUAAAAUAUGUGCCACAAUCAAUUGAAUAUGCCCUAGAAAAGGCCGGCCUCCCUGCAUCUAGCAUUGAUUGGUUACUUCUCCAUCAGGCAAACCAGAGGAUUAUUGAUGCAGUUGCUACUCGGCUAGAACUACCCUCAGAACGUGUGAUAUCAAAUUUGGCUAAUUAUGGCAACACAAGUGCAGCUUCCAUUCCCCUGGCUUUAGAUGAAGCAGUUAGAAGUGGGAAGGUUAAGCCAGGGCAAACUAUUGCAACUGCCGGCUUUGGCGCGGGUCUUACUUGGGGUUCAGCGAUUGUUCGUUGGGGUUGAGUGCUUGUCUUCAAUGCAGGCUAGCAAAUAGAGAAGAAUUCAGAUGCAAGUGCAGCUAUCCAAAUACCCCACUUUCAUACCACAUUUGUAGAAAUGGGGUCUUGGGAGUUUGAAGAAGGAUAACUAAUAACAUCCAGCACUCCCUCAACUAUUCCUUUUUGUCUUUAAUUCACAUUGUCAUUGAUCUUCUUUUCUCAAGUACCAAUUAUAUUUUUCUGAGGUAUGUAUUUGUCUGUCAUUCAGAUUUAUUUAAAUGAGGCUUACUAUUUAAGUUUAUCAAUGGUACAUGUAAAUAAAAGCGCAGCAUGGAAGUGUCUGCUUGCUUGUACUCUAAACCUUGUCAACACCAACAAACGAACUAAUCUAAAAUAUCUGUUUAAUCA